GCUGGAAUCAUCUCCUUGUGAUCUUCUCCAGUCCUACCUUCAUGGCCGACGCAAGCCACCAAGACCACAACGUUGCCCGCUGUCACCGCCAGCACUUCUUGGUGGUGGCCUACGGCAUCCAGAGCCACGUCAACCCAGCACAACACCUCGCCCGCCGCCUCGCUCGCAUCGACAGCUCAAUCCUCGCCACUCUCUCCGUUCCUGUCGCUGCUCACCGCCGCAUGUUCCCCUCGGCUGCCUCCGCAGACAGGGAGACCUCCGACGAGGCCAUCUCCUACGUGCCCUUCUCCGAUGGCUUUGACGAUGGCAUCAAGCCCACGGACGCCGCGGACAGGGCACACGGCCUCAGCACAAUGUUUCAGAGCCUCUCGGCCAUCGUCUCCCGCCUCGCUGCCCAGGGGCGGCCCGUCACGUGCAUCGUCUCCACCAUGGCCAUGCCCUCGGUGCUCGGCGUUGCACGGGAACACGGCAUCCCACUGGCCGUGUACUGGACCCAGCCAGCCACCGUGCUUGCCGCGUACUACCACUAUUUCCACGGCUACAGCGAGCUCAUCGCAUCGCACGCCUCUGACCCGGACUCCGAGGUGAGCUUGCCGGGGCUACGCCCGCUCCGCGUCCGAAGCUUGCCGUCCUUCGUCGUCGACACGACCGGCAGCGAGCUGUCCGAGAUGAUCGUUGAAGCGUUCCGUGAACUGUUCCAGUACAUGGACAGGGAGCAAACGAAGGUUCUUGUGAGCACGUUCGAUGGGUUGGAGGCCACCGCUCUCAGGGCAAUGCAGCCAUACUUGCAGGAGGUGUUUGCCAUCGGCACCAUGGCUGGGCCACCCGAAGCACGAACCCAUCUGUUUCAGCUGGGCAACAAGGGCUACACGGAGUGGCUCGGUGCACAGCCGGAGAGAUCAGUGGUGUACAUAUCUUUUGGGAGCAUCCUGACGUACAGCAGGCAGCAGAUGGAGGAGAUAUUGCAGGGAAUGCAGGAGUGCGGACGGCCCUACUUAUGGGUGGUGCGCAAGAAUGGGCUCGAAGAAGAGGCUGAGAACUUCUUGGAUGAUACCAUGAACCAUCACCAGGGAAUGGUGGUGGAAUGGUGCGACCAGCUAGAGGUAUUGUCGCACCCUUCGGUGGGGUGCUUCGUCACGCACUGCGGGUGGAACUCGACACUAGAAGCAUUGGCAUUUGGAGUGCCCAUGGUCGCUGCACCAAACUGGUCGGACCAGCCAACGAACGCAUUCCUGGUGGAGGAGGAAUGGGGGGCUGGCACCAGGGUGAACCGCAAUGGCGAGGGAGUUGUAGCCGGGGAGGACUUGGCAAAGAGUGUCGAAUCAGUGAUGGGAGAUUGUGAGACGGCAGUGGAAAUAAGGGAGAAAGCCAAUGCUAUGAAAGAGACACUGCGCAAGGUGGUAGCUCCAGGUGGACCAACAGAGAAGAGCCUCCAAUGUUUCGCCAAGGCAAUGGCAGCAUCAAAAGAAGUAUAAUGCUAGUUGAAUUAUGCACAAUCUGUUAAUGUCGAUCGAUGUGGAGAUUAAGGUCGAUUUAGAUGAGUUUUUUCUAGCUUGGUUACAGCUUUAGUUGU